UUCGGGUUUCUCAAUCCUGCGGUCAUCAUACAAGCUGCACACAUCAUCCCAGCAUUCGCUUAUAGAAGGACAGCAGACUUGCUACCAGCAUCACCCUUUGCUCAUUUUCUAUGCUAUGAUCUUUAUUUUACUCGUCUGUUUUAUCUGUUUGAUAGGUUUGUUGAUCAUGACAUGUUCAUGCGCUAUCUAGGCAGUGGUAUAGAACACAAAGGUACU